AUGGACGACCUUGCACACACCACCAGGAAGCGCAAACAGGACCAGGACGACUGCCCCGACCAGCAAGACCAGCCCACCGUCCCCCAGGACGACCACCGCGACCCAAACCCAAUCCACACCCCUCGUCUUCCCUGGCUCCCCGCUGCCGACGCCGACGACCACUGGGCGUCCCCCACCUCCCCCUCCGUAUCCAGCCCCCUUUCCGCCUCUGCCUCCUCCAAGCGGCCCCGUCUCGACGCCCUCGACACCAAGCGUCCAGGUCCCCUUCCCCGCACCCGCUCCGCCAGCACCCGCGCAGCCGCACACCAUCAUAAAAUCCUCCCCGCGCCCCUUACUUCUGGGGUGCGUCAGGGCAGUGACAUUGAAGACAUUGGCAUUGUGUCCACCGCGGACCCCGGCCCGUCAUCAGGCUCUCUUUUGCGCAACCACCACCACCACCACCAUCACCACAACAGUGCCAGUCGCACAGCACCGCUCUAUGAGACUUAUGUUGUGCAAAAGUCAGCUUCAGCCUCCUCUUCAUCUUCCCCACCCGAUGCGGUGUGCAGUUUGAGCUACGAGGUGCCAGUGCCGGUGCCAGUGCAAGUGCCAGUGCAAGGGCCGCGCUCCCACUAUAUUCCACCGGUACAUUUGAACUCGCCGCGUAUCCCCCCGAGCAGGCCCCUCAUCAACCGCUCAACGCUAAAAGAGCUGGAACUGGAUAUUAUCCUCCGCAACCCUGUCAUUCGGCACGAUCUAUUAUUUGACCCUGGGCUGCAGUUCCGCCCGCGGCGAAAGCGAGAGCGUUUUGAGCGGUAUUGGGCCGCUGUGUGGGAGGAGCUGCAGACGGGGUGCACUUGCGUCACGAUCGACACCCGGGACGAGUCCCUGCACCUCCCUAAAAUCUGCGUGUGCUCGCGCUUCCGCAACGGCAAAGAGCUCGUGUCACCACCCAAGUCACCCGCAGAGCAAUAUAUGCGCAUACCGGGCGCAGAGCACCUCGUGACGCUGCGACAGACGUCGCGCAUCCCAGCGCUGCUUGAGGAGUUUUUGGAGGUGAUGGUGUUUGUUAUCCAGCCGCUGUCGAACACGGCAGUGUACACAGACCCGUCGGCGAUACGCGAGCAGGCCCAGGAGCAUUCCGCGCAUGCCGCAUACCUCCGCGCGAUCUUUGACCCCGAGCUCAUUGCGCAGGAGCUGCGGCAUGGCGUGUUUGACCCUGCAGGCUUGUUCAGGCAGAUUGGCGACACACUCAAGCACCAUUGUGCACCAAUGCGGGAUGGCGCGGUGGAGGAGAUGGUGAGGAUGGCGCAGCGGCCGGGGUUGGAGGCGUUCAAGGCGGUGAGGACAUGUCUGGAGCUCUUGGAACUUAUGAAACUGGACAUUGCAAACCACCAAUUGACGCAACUACGCCCAUGGCUCCUGCGCAACACCGGCAUGUUCGAGGUCAAGGCGUUCAAAAUCCGGUUUGGUGCCGACGCUUCACUUCACCAUACCCGCCGUUGGCUACAUGCCGCACACCACUCGCUCCUCGAGCGCCCGCGACCCAUAUUCCUUUCCACUUCCCCUUCGCUUUCUCAUCCAUCCUCCUCUCUCAGUCACACGAGCUCGACGAAGUAUUACAAGGACCUGAAUAGGAACCAGCAAAUAUAUCUUACCGCACUUAAGGGCGUUGUGGAUUUGAUAUUUGAUGCUGAGGCAUCCUCAUCCUCUAGCACUUCCAACAGCAGCAGCCCACCAUUAUCGCCUGUCUCUCCCGCAGACCCAUCUCCAUCUCCAGUAUGCUCUUCAGCGCCUACAUCACCGACAUCCCCGACCAGUCCCAGCGCAGGGGGUUUUGCCCUCCCUGAGACGCUCUACCUCGAUAAAACGCGCAUACAGCCGCUCGGGCAAGAAGCCGCCAGCGCGACCGCGCUGUAUAUGUUUAUGCUCCUCUUCCGGCAGCUAGUGUUCAACCCUGGUUCGGACUCAUCAACUUCCCCACUUUCGCAAAUAAGGAGGGAGAAGGUGGUGCAGGCGGACAUGGUGAAAUUGAAGAGGGAGAUCAAAGAUAUCGGACCAGCGUGUCUGGCAGGGUGUUUGGAUGCAUCUCCUUCGCCUUCGGAUUCCGACGCAUCCAGCAAAGAUGCGGAGCAAAUGAAGGAGGUAAAGGAGGCCCUUGUGCUGCAGAUUGCGAAGCGGGCAUGCGAAACGCGGCGGCGGUUGCAGCACCCUGUUUCGCACUUGGCCAGUGACGCAAGUAGCACCAGUGCUACGGUUGCAGGAGGCGAGGCCCCUGACCCGGCUUUGCUCGGCGUGGCACAGCGCUGGGCAGCAACGAACAUGCGCGCAGGCGCACCGCUUGCGACGCUCCUCCACAGGCGCAUGCGCGAUGUGGUGUUCGACGCGGUUGUGUGCCUCGCGUAUCCAUCUCCUUGCUCUGCGUCAUCGUCGUCGUCAUCCACACCGUCAACGGGCAUAGAUCUUUCCUCAUCCGCCACGCUCUCGUCCGCGUCGUCAUCCCCGAUGAUGGCCACGACUCCGGCACAGCUUGGCAGCGUGGUGCAGGCGGCGGGGAUGGAGAGCGUUGCCGAUGAGAUACGCCGCGUUGCAGAGGACGCAGCGCGCCUUGCGCUGAUUCACCUAAAUACGCAUUUGCCGCUGUACGAAGGUGAUGGGUUCUUCCCUACGACGUAG